UACAGUGCGAUGAUUCAAAUCUAUAAGCACAAAAAAAAAUUGGCAACAUAAUUCUAUUAUUAUAAAUCAAUCAUACUAUCACGACAAGAAUAUAAGCCAUGAGAUUAUCUGAAGAAACAAUCAAUCAAUUACAACUGAAUCCGUCAUGUAUAAGGAAUAUCUGUAUAUUGGCUCAUGUGGAUCAUGGUAAAACUUCAUUAAGUGACUCUUUAUUAGCCACAAAUGGGAUUAUAUCACAAAGAAUGGCAGGUAAAGUCAGAUACUUAGAUUCCAGAGAAGAUGAGCAAUUAAGAGGUAUUACAAUGGAAUCAUCAGCUAUAUCAUUAUAUUUCAAGAUGGGUCGUAGAAAGCAAGACUCUGAAGAAACUGAAAUCAAUGAAUAUUUAAUUAAUUUGAUUGAUUCUCCAGGUCAUAUUGAUUUUUCAUCAGAAGUGUCUACAUCAUCAAGAUUAUGUGAUGGUGCCGUGGUAUUAGUUGAUGCUGUUGAAGGGGUAUGUUCUCAAACUGUGAAUGUACUUAGACAAUGUUGGAUUGAUAAAUUAAAACCAGUGUUGGUCAUUAACAAAAUCGAUCGUUUGAUUCUUGAAUGGAAAUUGACGCCAUUGGAAGCAUAUCAACAUAUUUCAAGAGUUAUUGAACAAGUUAAUUCUGUUAUUGGUUCAUUUUUCGCAGGUGAUAGAAUGGAGGAUGAUAUGAUUUGGAGAGAAAGUGGAGAAGAUAGUGAAUUUGUUGAAAAAGAUGAUGAAGGAUUAUAUUUUACACCUGAGAAAAAUAAUGUCAUCUUUGCUUCUGCUAUUGAUGGAUGGGCAUUUACAGUGAAUACAUUUUCAAGAAUAUAUGCUGCGAAAUUGGGUUUCUCUCAUAGCGUAUUAACAAAGACUCUCUGGGGUGAAUUUUAUCUUGAUAUGAAGAAUAAGAAAAUUAUCCCAGGUAAGAAAUUAACUGCAAAACAACAAAGCUUAAAACCAUUAUUUGUAUCUUUAAUUUUAGAACAAAUUUGGGCAGUAUAUGAAAACUGUAUUAUAGAAAGAAAUCAAGAAAAGUUGGAAAAGAUUAUUGAAAAAUUAGGAGCUAAGAUAACUCCUAGGGAUUUACGUUCUAAAGAUUAUAAGAAUUUAUUAAAUUUAGUAAUGUCACAAUGGAUUCCUAUAAGUCAUGCUAUCUUAGGAACUGUUAUCGAUUAUUUACCAAGUCCAAUAAUCUCACAAUCAGAAAGAAUUGAAAAAGUUUUGGAUGAAAGUAUCUAUAAUGUGGUUGGUUCUGAAAAGGAUAAAUCGAAAUUAGUCGAUAUAGAAUUUGAUAAAGCAAUUCGUAACUGUGAUUCAUCUGAUCCAGAACAUCAUACCUUAGCAUAUAUUUCUAAAAUGCUUUCUAUUCCUAAUAAAGAACUUCCAAAAGAUACACCAGUCGGUGGUGAGUUAACAGCUGAGCGAAUCCAAGAAAGAGGAAGAAUAGCUAGAGAAUUAGCCAAGAAAGCAUCCGAUGCUGUUGGUGCUGCACAACCCGCCAACAAUGACGAGUUUGUUAUCCAACCUAAAAGUAAAGAUGCCUUUGAAUGGGAGUUUGAAGAAGACGCUUUUGAAGAAGAUGCAGAAGAAGAGGAAGAAGAACAAGAAACCGAGACUUUGGUUGCUUUUACUCGUCUUUAUUCUGGUUCUUUAACAGUUGGUCAAAAAAUUACUGUUGUGGGACCUAAAUAUGAUGCUUCCUUACCCAAUGAUGAUCCAACUAACGAAGAACAAAUAACAUAUGAUGUAGAAAUACAACAAUUAUAUUUAAUCAUGGGUAGAGAAUUAGUCAAAAUCACUACAGCUCCGGCCGGUAAUAUUGUUGGUGUAGUUGGUCUUGAUAAAGUAAUUUUAAAGAAUGGUACUUUGUGUUCUAAAAUCGAAGAUGAUAAACCAUAUAUUAAUUUAGCAUCAAGUUCGACCUUAAUCCACAACAAGCCUAUUAUGAAGAUUGCAGUCGAACCUACCAAUCUUUCCAAAUUAGAGAAAUUAGAAAGGGGAUUGGAUUUGUUAGCUAAGGCUGAUCCAGUGUUAGAAUGGUAUUUUGAUGAUGAUUCAGGUGAAAUCAUUAUGUGUGUGGCUGGAGAACUUCAUUUAGAAAGAUGUUUGAAAGAUUUAGAAGAGCGAUUUGCCAAGGGUUGCGAGGUCACAGUUAAAGAACCAGUCAUUCCAUUCAAAGAAGGUUUAGCUGAUAACAAGAAGGAUACUAAUUAUGAAGAUUCAGAUGAUGAAUCAGACGAAGAAAAUAAUCUCGGUAUUAGUCUUGAAUUUGAUGUUUCUCCGAUUUCUAUUGAAGUAACUAAAUUUUUAAUCAAUCAUGAGUCAGAAAUAAGUGAACUUAAUUCUCAAAAAAAGUCAUCUGAUAGUUCAAAUGAAUUUAAACAAAAAUUCAUUGAAAUCAUAGAUGAACAAAAAUUCGAACAUGAAUUCGAAUCAUCUGAAGCUUUAGUAGAUAGUAUAAUUGCUUUUGGACCAAAAAGAAUCGGACCUAACUUAUUUGUUGAAUCUCCAAAGAACAACAAUCAAUUCAGACAUGUAUUCCAAGAGUCAUCUUCCACAAAGUUUGAGUUUGAAAACAAUGUGUUGAAUGGAUUUCAAUUGGCAUCAAAUGAAGGUCCAAUUGCUGCUGAACCCUUACAAGGGGUUCUAGUCACUCUUAAGAAGAGUGCUAGAAUCGAAUCGGAUGCUGCUGCUAUAUUGAAUUUAGGUGGAAGAAUCAUAACAUAUACUAGGGAUCUUAUUCAUAAAGAUUUCUUACUGAAAUCAAGAAGAUUAUUCCUUGCUAUGUAUACAUGUGAUAUUCAAGCAUCAGCCGAAGUUUUAGGUAAAGUUUAUGCUGUUGUUCAAAAGAGAGGUGGAUCAAUUAUAUCUGAAGAGAUGAAAGAAGGUACACCAUUUUUCACUAUUGAAGCUAGAAUUCCAGUGAUUGAAGCCUUUGGAUUUUCAGAAGAAAUCAGAAAGAGAACUUCAGGUGCUGCCAGUCCACAAUUAAUUUUUGAUGGAUUUGAUAUGUUAACCAUUGAUCCAUUCUGGGUUCCUCAUACUGAAGAAGAAUUAGAAGAAUUAGGUGAAUUUGCGGAAAGAGAAAAUGUUGCUAGAAGAUAUAUGAAUACUAUCAGAAGAAGAAAAGGUCUAUUCGUGGAUGAGAAAGUUGUUAAGAAUGCUGAAAAGCAAAGAACCUUGAAAAAGGAUUAGAGUAUUACCCUAUAUAAAGAGUAAAUUUAAUAGAUCUGUAAAUAAAACCAAAUUUGUAUACCAAAAUCUCAUUAUGUACAGUCUCACUAGUAAUCUUUGAUGAAGAGAGGAAAAAAAAAUUUGU